CAAUUUCCAUUCUUUUAUAAAUAAAAAGAAUGACCCCUCCUCCUCGAAUUUCGAACCUCCACCCCCCCCCAAAAUUCUCCGCGUGUUCUCCGUGACGUCAGCUCGUUCUUUCUCCGGAAGAGAAGCGAGCCUCCCUUCCCGGCCCGGGUUCGAAGAGGCCAAAGAGCUCGUUAAUUAGCGGCGUCUAGUGCGGCCGUGGACGCGGCUCCCGCCGCAACGCGUGGAAAAACGUACGGAUGGACGGAUGGAUCGAGCUUUCACGUGGCGCAGCCUCGGCUCAUCUCGGGUGAGUCCCUGUUUCUGAGUGGCGAUCGAAAAGAGGAAAUCCAUCCGUCACUGUGCGUGUGUGUGUGUGUGCGGGGCUUGCCCAAAUGUCUCUCUGCAUCCAGAGACGACGACGAGCCACUUAACAGGCCGCCACCUCCUCUCUCGAUCGAUCGAUCUCCUCCUCUUCGACGACUACUCUUCUUGUGCAGGUGAUCCUUAAUCGAACAAAAUGAGAUUCUACAUCCUGCUCUCGUUCCUGCUGCGAUUGGCGUUCGCGUUUCGACUACCGUUUCAGUUUCAAAUCAACCAGUUGGACAACAACAACAACGGAACAUCAUGUUGCUCGUGCAACUCCUUCAAAGACACGUCUUACAUGGCAUCAACUUGCGGCGUGAAGACAUCUUUUAUGAGCUUGGUCGAGAAAGUUAUCGCCUCUACUUGCGAUAUCGCUAAUCCUUGCAACAGGCUUGGCAGCGAGGAGGUGCCCAAUGAAUGGUUCGAUUUUAUCGUGGUUGGAGCAGGAGUGGCCGGACCUGUAAUUGCCAGGAGAUUAAGCGACAAUCCAUGGUGGAGGGUUCUGCUGAUCGAAGCCGGGCCGGAAGAGCCCUCGAUGACUUCGAUCCCCGGACUCGCCGUCCACGCGGUCAACUCGACGUUGGAUUGGAGAUUCAAAACAGAGCCCACCGAACCCCACCCCACGGCCUGUUUAGAAAACGACGGAGUGUGCUCGUGGCCACGCGGAAAAAUGAUGUCAGGCACGGCGGGUAUGUACGGGAUGAUGUACAGCAGGGGACAUCCGGAAGUGUACGACGGUUGGGCGCGUGGUGGCGCCACCGGCUGGUCGUACGACGAGGUGACGCACUACUUCGAACGUGCCGAGGACCCGAUCGAUCAAUCUAUAUUAUCCGACAAGCCGAGGACCGUACCCGUCCCCGGCCCCAUGAAGAUCCAAUUCUAUCCCGACAAACCGGCGUUCGCCGACGAGAUUCUGAAAGCUGCAUCCGAGCUCGGUUACAGAACGUCGAAAUUGAAGGAGUACACGCAGACGGGUUUCAUGAUCGCCCCGAUGACGACCGACAACGGCGUGAGAGGGACGGCGACGAGGAAUUACCUCAGGCCGGUCCACGGUAGGGGAAACCUGAGAGUGUUGAUAAACGCCCACGUGACCAAGGUGCUGAUGGACUGGCAGGGGAAGGCGUACGGCGUGGAACUGGUGGACAAGGACGGGUAUAAGAGGAUAGCGAAGGCGAACAAGGAGGUGAUCCUGACGGGGGGGGCGAUCGGGUCGGCCCACAUCCUGUUGAAUUCUGGGAUAGGGCCCAAGGACCAGUUGACCAAAUUGGGGCUGCACGUGGUCAAGGAUCUGCCCGUGGGCAAGAAUCUUCACAACCACGUGUCGAUCGCCGUCCCAUUCAGCAUCAAGGACACGGCUUACGAGGCGAUGACGAUGAACAGCGUGAACGAGUAUCUGGAGACCAGGACCGGGCCCAUGACGAGCACUGGGCUGACCCAGGUCACGGCUUUCUUCGAGAGCAGUUACGCGGUCACGGGUAUCCCCGACAUCCAGGUGUUCUUCGACGGAUUCGCGCCCAGGUGCCCGAGGACGGGGCUCGAGUUCGAGUGCUUGAACGGGGCGCUCGGCCUGUGCCCGGAAAGGAGGCAGAUCACUGUCAGGCCCACGGCCCUCACGGCGGCGAGCAAAGGCUACUUGAAACUACGCUCGAGCGACCCGUUGGACCCGCCCCUUAUUUAUCCUAAUUAUUUCGUCGACACGAAAGACCUGAAGGUAUUGAUCGAGGGGAUCAAGAAAUCCAUACAGCUCGUCGACACCCAGGCCCUCAAGCAAUGGGACUUCAGACUCGACACCGUCGUCCAUCCAUUAUGCACGGAUUACCACUUCGGCAGCGACGCGUAUUGGGAGUGUUACGUGAGAGCGGCGACCGGACCCGAGAACCAUCAAUCGGGUACGUGCAAGAUGGGAGCGUACGACGAUCCAACAGCCGUCGUGGAUCCCGAACUUCGCGUGCGCGGCGUGUCGAAUCUCAGAGUGGCGGAUGCGUCCGUGUUUCCUCUCGUGCCAAAUGGCAACCCUGUCGCCGCCAUCUUGAUGGUCGCGGAGAAAGCCGCAGACAUGAUCACGCACACGUGGUCCAAGAUAUAAGUUUCUAGGGAAUUGUGAUGCAGAGGGCGCUGCUCGUCACACGAAUUUCGCGUUGUUUUGAAAUUCAAUCCGACCAAUGAAUCAUGGGUAUUUUCUAUCUCUCGCGGAUCCCAUUAAUUGGAACGGUUAGUCUGGUUACGAAUGUUUGAAUUUAAAUUUAUGUUAUCGGUCUGGAAUAUCAAUUUUGGAAUAAAAUUCUAAAUUUUAAAUACAUAAGUUUAAAACAGGUUUAUCUUAUCUACGGAUAAAAUUGUUCCUAAUAGCUUUUCAAAAUGAAUUUGUAAUAUAUUCGUUCGUUUAUAACAUUCCGUUAUUUCUUUUAAUUAUUUCGAAAUACGUAGUGGCACGAAAAAAAGAAGAGAUAAGUAUUAUAGGGACACUGAACGAUAGAGAUCAAAAAAACACUUAGAAUUGUAUAUAUAUAUAUAUAUAUUUUUUUUUUUCGAUAUUUUCCAUUUUUCAACGUCGAUCAUUCUAUUUCGAAAAUUCUAGGAAUUUUUCUUAGGCGAUUCAUGGAGCGUUUGAUAAAAAGCAAAACGUUUCUUUAGACUUUGAAUUAUUCAGAGUAAAAAUGACAUCUUGGCCUAUAUUAUUACAUAAUGUAAUUGUUAGAACGUGUUUCUUUGAAUUCUUAAACUUUAUGAUCUCGAAGAAAGAUAAACUUUCGUUAACAUAUGAACUGCUCUCGAUCGUUUGAAAUAGAAUUUUUUUUUAAAUUUAUUUCAUAAUAAACAACGUUCGAUAUAUAACUCCAUUCUGACGAAUUGGAGUCGACACAUUGUUUUAAUAAAAAUUGUUUUUUCAAACACGAUAAA